CCACAGGAGGAGCUGACGCCGGGCGUGGUGUACGUGGGGCACCUCCCGCGGGCGCUCUGCGAGCCGCAGAUCCGCGAGUACUUCCAGCAGUUCGGCACCGUGACGCGGCUCCGGCUCUCGAGGAGCAAGAAGACUGGAGCUAGCAAAGGCUAUGGAUUUAUAGAAUUUGAGUCUGAUGAUGUAGCCAAGAUUGUUGCGGACACAAUGAACAACUACCUGUUUUCAGAAAGACUGCUCAAGUGUCAGUUCAUAUCUCCUGAAAGGGUCCAUGAAAAGCUCUUCCAGAACUGCCAGAGGGUGUUUCUGAAGCCGUCGCAGCCGGCGGUGCGGCGGUACAACCGGGUGCGCUCGCGGGCCCAGAAGGCCAGGAUGGCCCAGCGCCUGCUGCGCAGGGAGAGGCGCCUGCGGCACAGGCUGGCCCAGAAGGGGCUCCACUACGACUUCCCAGGAUUCGCUGCACAGGAGCUCUCCAUAAAGAGAAACAAAGUCAAUACAUCCAUGAAGUCAAACAUGAACAUUUCUUUGAGCAGCCAGGACCCCACUCCAGUCUGUACCCCGACAGUGCUCGAGCGCCGGAGAGCUGCUCAGGCGGAUGACGACGCAGAGGACAGUGAAAUAACCCUGAGAUUGCCCCCUGCCACUGGGAGCAACGCCGUGCGGAGACCGAAGAAGCGGCCAAGGAAGGGACAAAACCUGAAGAAACAGACUUAA